GGUGGUGGCGGCGCGUCUCGUCUCCGGCGGCCCGGCGCUUCCCAGCGCCGCCUCUCCCUCCCUGCCGCGGCCGCGACGCCCGGCGCCCCGCGCAGCGCCCCGGCCGCGCUUGGGGCGGGAAGGAGCCGCCCGCUCUCAGGUCUGGCUGCAGCAGGACUAGCAUGCCAUCCAUACGGCCGUACCCAGAGAAAUGGGAAGGACUCUCCUUUCCAGAAGCCCCCCAGCAGAUGUCUUCGUCUCAUAGGCUGGGAUUGGGAUAUAUUCCAUACCUAACUAGUCACUGAGAAGAAAGGAAGACACUGAAAGACAGUGAUUUCAAGAUGAAUCAGUUAGAGAUGGAAACCCAGGACAUGUAUCUCGGGAGAAGAUAAAGUUUAACAUUGGUCUCAAGGACAACUCUAAAUUUCAGUGAAGGCCACCAGCUUGCUGGUGACAUCAGAAUUCAUAAAAGAAUUUUUAAAGAAGGUGAUCAAAAAGAGAAGGACAAUGCCGAAACCAAUCAACGUAAGAGUAACCACCAUGGAUGCUGAGCUGGAAUUUGCCAUUCAGCCCAAUACUACUGGGAAACAGCUUUUUGACCAGGUGGUGAAAACAGUUGGUUUACGUGAGGUCUGGUUUUUUGGGCUGCAGUAUGUGGACAGCAAAGGUUAUUCUACAUGGCUUAAACUAAAUAAAAAGGUGACACAGCAAGAUGUUAAAAAAGAGAAUCCUUUACAGUUCAAAUUUAGAGCUAAAUUCUUUCCUGAAGAUGUUUCUGAGGAAUUAAUUCAAGAAAUAACCCAGAGACUUUUCUUCUUGCAAGUUAAGGAAGCCAUCUUGAAUGAUGAGAUAUAUUGUCCGCCAGAAACUGCAGUUCUUUUGGCUUCCUAUGCUGUCCAAGCCAAGUAUGGAGAUUAUAAUAAAGAGAUUCAUAAACCAGGCUACCUGGCUAAUGAUAGACUCCUACCCCAGCGAUUUUUUUUUUCUUACAGUGUUUUGGAACAACACAAACUGACAAAAGAACAGUGGGAAGAAAGAAUACAGAACUGGCAUGAAGAACACAGAGGAAUGCUGAGGGAGGAUUCUAUGAUGGAAUACCUGAAGAUUGCCCAAGAUCUAGAAAUGUAUGGAGUCAACUAUUUUGAAAUAAAAAAUAAAAAGGGAACCGAAUUGUGGCUAGGCGUUGAUGCUUUGGGUCUGAAUAUUUAUGAGCAUGAUGACAAGUUAACACCAAAAAUUGGUUUUCCUUGGAGUGAAAUCAGAAAUAUUUCAUUUAAUGACAAAAAAUUUGUUAUAAAGCCGAUCGACAAAAAGGCACCUGAUUUUGUUUUUUAUGCACCUCGUCUGAGAAUCAAUAAACGCAUUUUGGCUUUAUGUAUGGGAAACCAUGAACUAUACAUGCGAAGAAGAAAGCCUGAUACUAUUGAAGUGCAGCAGAUGAAGGCUCAGGCGAGGGAGGAGAAACAUCAGAAGCAGUUGGAAAGGGCACAACUAGAGAAUGAAAAGAAGAAGAGGGAGAUAGCAGAAAAGGAGAAGGAAAGGAUAGAGCGGGAAAAGGAGGAGCUGAUGGAGCGGCUGCGGCAAAUUGAAGAGCAGACGGUGAAAGCCCAGAAAGAACUAGAAGAACAGACUCGAAAAGCUCUGGAACUGGACCAGGAACGAAAGCGAGCAAAGGAAGAAGCAGAAAGGCUUGAAAAGGAACGUCGAGCUGCUGAAGAAGCCAAGUCUGCUAUCGCAAAACAAGCUGCCGACCAGAUGAAGAAUCAGGAACAACUGGCAGCAGAACUUGCUGAAUUCACUGCCAAGAUUGCACUUCUAGAAGAAGCCAAGAAGAAGAAGGAAGAGGAAGCUACUGAAUGGCAACACAAGGCUUUUGCAGCCCAGGAAGAUUUGGAAAAGACUAAAGAAGAACUAAAAACUGUGAUGUCUGCCCCCCCUCCACCUCCACCACCACCAGUCGUUCCUCCAACAGAAAAUGAACACGAUGAGCAUGAUGAGAAUAAUGCUGAAGCUAGCGCUGAAUUAUCAAAUGAUGGGGUGAUGAACCACCGAAGUGAAGAGGAACGUGUAACAGAAACUCAAAAAAAUGAGCGUGUUAAGAAGCAACUCCAGGCACUAAGUUCAGAAUUAGCCCAAGCCAGAGAUGAAACCAAGAAGACACAAAAUGAUGUUCUUCACGCUGAGAAUGUUAAAGCGGGCCGUGAUAAGUACAAGACUCUGCGGCAGAUCCGACAAGGCAACACCAAGCAGCGGAUUGAUGAGUUUGAAGCCAUGUGAGAGCUGUUAUUUUGCAUACAUGUUCUGCAUAAGCUGAACCACCAACAGAGAAAAGCAGGCCUUUGCAGAUGUGAUGGAACGCAUCCCACCUUGCCAAAGCCCUGACACCAGUUGACUGUGGUGGCUAAAGACGUCCUUGAGGGGAGUGCUUCAGCAUUAAGGCAGUGUGGCGUCAUGCUUGAUUUUCUGUUCCUUUGGGGCCAGGGAGUGGAGGACAGCGUUCCAUCGCCUCCUGUCACAUUUUCAGUUUCCAUUGUUUUUUUCUGUUGGAGACUAAUACUAAGGAUCAUGUCUGACAAAUGUGUAUGUGUGAUUUCAGCACUUUGUACAGGUCAAAGGUUGAUGGUGACUUAAUGAGCGUUUAGCUAGAGUGCUGUGUUUUCUUUUGCCCCUUCCAUAUUCUGCGUGUAUUUCCACAUUCUGUCUCACUCAUAUUUCCUUGGCGUGCACUUCUCCUGUCUUGCUGUGCUGAUAGCCAUGAUUCUGCUAUCAUACAGAUCACUGGCUUGGUUAAAAUGAGGGUAGACAACAGGGUAGACAGUCUUUGAUAAUUGUGUAGAAGACAGCCAUGAAUCAUGAAAAGGAUUAGAAUAUUUAACAGUGUAUCAUGCAGCUGGUGGUUAAUGUUUUUAAGUCCCAAUUUAAUUAUAUUAUUGGAUAUUUGAUAUUUGCUUACUUAAUUACAGUCAUCUUUGAGAGCUGAACUGAUUGGUGUUUCAUCUCCUGUCAUCCUUUGGUUCACAAAGGUGUAGACAGCAGGUAGUAGUUAGCCGAGGAGAAUUUAUUGAUGUAACACUACCUGCAAAUAAUAAUUGUCUCUGGAAGAUUAAAAAGUCCGUUCUUUCAUAGACUGAUUUAGACAGAUGUUUAAUUAAAAAAAAAUCAUUUGUUGGUAAUUUAUUGUAAUCAUUUAAAAAGAAAACCCUGGACCUUUCUGGAAGGGCAGCAUAUGAAAACAUGAGUCCCAAAGAGGGAACAGUAUUACUACCUCACUACUACACCUGUGGUGACUGGUUGUUCCGACCCAGUGGAGUAUUUCUGAGAUUUCUUUUCCUUCAGAAUAUCUUAGAGUGCUAAAUUUUUAACUGCCUUUUUGUUGAGCUUAGUUGUGGGACUCUGAUUUAUAUUAAAAUUGUAAGCUCUUGCUGGUAUACUAUCUUCCUGGAGGGGUGUUGUAUGUCCGAGGGAGAGAGAGAGAGAGAGUGUGUGUGUGUGUGUGUUGAGAGAGAGAUUUGCCCUUGUAGCAUAUGAACGUCUCUACCUUCAUUUCUUGAUAUAAUUGUUACAUAGUCAUUUUAGCAGAUUUGGUUCCUAAAUCAUUGUUUAUUUUUUUCAUUCUCUAACUAAAAAUACUUAAAUUUGGUUUGUUAAUCCUAUUUUAGAAAUUAUAAUUUUAGGUUAUAUUGAGUUCAGUUAUGUCUUAAGAAAUCUUUCCAGUUUGAAAGAUGUUCUAAUAUUCACCUGUUCUAAUAUUUUCUUCAUUGUAAAACAUCUAGACUUGGAGAUAAGGAAAGCCUUGUUUUCUCUGUGUGGUUCAGCUCCUUUUCAUUUGGUAUUAUGCAGUCAAAUUUACAUUUAUCUAUUAAAAUUGCCAUUUUGUUAAGCAUUUUUCAUGCACAGUAGAUUCAAGUUGUGUCUGAAAAUAUCUCUUGUGCUUUUUUGAUUUUGCUGACUAUAAAAGGAUUAAUCUGGGCAGACAUAUGAAAAGGAAAGGUUUCAUUUAAUAUAUUUUUUGGGACUUUGUAGGACAAAAGAUAACUGGUUAAUAACCUUGAAGUGACUGUUGUAUGGUGGUUGUGCACAUGCUUCAGAAGACUGCGGAAGAGAAUAUUUCUCCUUGUAGCACAUUAGAAGAAUAGAUGGUGAACUCUGCUUUUCAUGCUUCAAAGCAUAAGUGUUCACUUUUCCAAAGCAUCAAAGCCAUUGCCAUAAUAAGUGACAACUUGGACCGCCAUUGGAUUUUUAUUAAUUUUCUACAUUUUGAAUUGUGUGCACUACCAUUGCUACAUCAGUUUGAUAUCAGUGUUGAAAAACUACCAGUUAUAUUUGCUGUUUAUAAUCUAUUUGUAGAUUAGGAUUAAAAUGGAUAUAAUCCAUUUUUAAAGCUGUGUGAAUUUUUCUAAACAGGAGCAACUAUUUGCAAUAUGGGUUUUCAUAGUGAUUAAACCAGUUAUAACUCUUAUUAGUUGAGAGCACAUGUUCAUAUAGCAAUGUAAAAUAUAUUAAUGAGUAUUUGAUAAAUUCCAACAGGCUUUUACCAUUAGCAUAAUUUUGUGUUGUACAAUUAAGUUACCGUUACAUCUAUAAUUUUGGAUAACAUUCAUUGGUUAACAAUAAAGUGACAAAAGCUCAUGCCUUCAAGGUC